CUCAUCACAUCUCCCUUAAGUCUCUUAUACAUCUCCUCAUCCCCAUGCUUGUUUUUCUCUCUGUAUAUAUACACAGCCCAGAAUCCUGCAUGCUAACUUGCUAUAUAGCUAGCCUGCACACCUAUCUUCUAUAUAUGUGAUACAUAUAUAUAUAUAUAUAGAGAGAGAGAGGGAGAGAGAAGAGAGAGGAAGCGCGCAGCAGAAGUGUUGGUAGGAUAUCUAUUAUUAAUGAAGGAUAGUAGUAGAAAACAAGGGGGGGCAGCGCCAUGCGCGGCGUGCAAGCUUCUGCGCCGGAGAUGCGCUCACGACUGCGUCUUUGCACCUUAUUUCCCCGCCGACGAACCCCACAAGUUCGCCAGUGUCCAUAAGGUCUUUGGUGCUAGCAAUGUCAACAAGAUGCUCCAGGAAUUGCCGGAGCAUCAAAGAGGCGACGCCGUGAGUUCCAUGGUGUACGAGGCCAAUGCAAGAGUACGGGAUCCGGUUUACGGUUGUGUGGGCGCUAUCUCGUCAUUACAGCAGCAGAUUGAUAUGUUGCAGACUCAGCUAGCUCUAGCACAGGCAGAAGUCGUCCACAUGCGCAUGCGCCAGUUCUCAUCGAUGACUAAUUCACCGGAAAACGCAUCUCCGUCGUCCCGGGACACACAGUCUCAUCAGGCCAAGUCCCUUUUUAGCAUGGACAUGGUGGAAGAACAGGCCAACAUGGAGGACUCUUUGUGGCAUUGAUUCAGGUCAUCUUUUCUUCAUAUUUACUACUAUAUAAUAUAUAUACAUAUAUAUAUAUAUAGACUUUUUUUCUUUUGGGGGUCUGUCUCCCUUUCUUUUUCUCUUUUUGGGUUUUCUUACAUUUACAUAUACAUGUUUGUAGCACAUCUCACUUGACCAAGACAUGAUGAUCACCAUCAUUAACCAUAUUGUAAAUGCCGGAACAUAUAUAAUUAGUGUAGCCUACGCUUUCGGAGUUGACUGCCUUUAAA